AUGGCGACGCGUCAGACUCUCUUGCUGGUUCUCGCGAUCGUCGCCGCGUGCCUCCUGUCGUCCGUCAACCACUCGGCGGCGCAGACGGAGCCGUUCCUCGUGACCAAGGCUCGUACCGCGCGCGCGUUCGCCGCCAACUGCACCAACGACUCGAUCAAAGCCAACGCGACCGCGGCGCAGAGAGCGCAGGAGCUGCUCGCGGCGAACGCCACUCUCGCCGCCGCGACCGCCGCGUACAGCGACGCGGUGCCGCUGGUCAACCGUCUUAAGCUCGUCCUCGCCAGCAAGAUCGCGGCGGUGAACGACACGGCCGCGACGAUUCAGUCGCUGCAGGAUAUAAUGGUGGAGCAGCAGGCGCGGCUCGAUAAGAUCGUGGCAGAGAGCAGCGACCAGGCGGCGCUGAAGCAGGGUGUGUCGGACGCGAAGCGACGCGUUGCCAUGGCGGCACAAAUGAUUGAUGACCAGACGGCCGCUAUCGCCAGCUUAAAAUUCGACGUCUUCAAGGCGACUCGGAGGGCUGCCGAUCCGACCCUCACGGGCGCAGAUCUGGCCGACGCGCAGGACGAUCUGGAGACGGCGAAAGCGCAGAAGGCUGAAGCGGAGGCACUUCUGGCAGAUAUGACUAAACAGGCGGCACGGGCACAGGCUGUUCUCGCUAAGAAGCAGAAGGCUCUGGACGACCCCGCGAGCGUUCAGGAGGACAUUGCCGCGCAGCAGCGCGUGAUCGAUGACGCUAAGUCUGAGCUGGACGGAGCCGUUGCGGCGCUUGAGGAUGCCAAGGCUGCGGUGGUUCAGGCGCAGGCGGACGUGAGCUACGCGAAUGCGUCCAUUCCUGCGAAGUCCGCGAAUGUGAGCAACGCGAAGAUUGCGCAGAGCAAGGCGGUGAGCUAUAAGAUCAGCGCGGACUCGUCGGCGAAUCUUAUGGCUUCUCGUGCGUACAACGCCACGCUCGCUGCUCAGCAGGCUGAGGCAGCUGCUAAGGCUGCAGGUUACACAUGGGUGUGGUAA